AUGUCCCUCUCGCGAUCGCCGUCUCCCCACCCGGGAGCAGGAUGGUCUAGUCCGGGCCUGACCCCGGGCAGUGGAAGCUCAACGCCGCGCAGUGGACUUUUGUCGCCGACUUCCUUGGGUCCGGGUGGAAUCUCGUGGGCUGCCGCCAAAGCGAAAAGUGAGGAAGUUCGAGGAUAUCCGUCAUUUUCGACAAGGAACAACGGAUUCUUUUCGCGAUCGAAGCGCCAACUGACGGCCACUCUACCGCGAUUUCGGGGAGGCUCUGGAUCGCCGGACGACUAUUUCGAGAAGAAGGACAUAUACUAUGAUCGCGGUCGAGGCUUCUUGUCUGGCGCAUAUUGGCGUCCUUAUGGAUUUGGUCGCACGAUGCUGCGCCGUCGCAGGUUGCGCUUUCUGCUAGCACUGCUUCUCGUGGUCGUAGGGUAUCUGUGUUUCUGGACGUAUUUUGUUGAGCACUAUCGGCGAUCGCCACUCGGCAGAGGACACAAGUUCGUGGUGAUUCUCGAAUCUAACGUGGAAGGCGGUGUCAUGGAGUGGAAAGGAGCCACCGAAUGGGCCGUCGAACGCAGCAGCAUUUGGAACAAGAAGAGAUAUGCGAGUCACUGGGGGUACGAGCUGGAGAUCGUCAACAUGCUGGCCAAGAAACGGUAUUCGCAUGAGUGGCGCGAAAGCUGGGAAAAGGUUGAUCUUAUCCGCGAUACCAUGCGCAAAUACCCGGACGCUGAGUGGUUCUGGUGGUUGGAUCUUAACACUUGGAUCAUGGAGUAUUCGUACUCGCUCCCCGACCAUAUCUUCAAGCGCUUGGACGAGAUCGCAUACCGCGACAUCAAUGUUUAUAACCCACUCAACAUCACCCACCCCCCGACAGACGCAUACCUUGACGAUGUUUCCCGAUCGCCUGACGGGGAUCAAGACCCAUCUUCUAUCCAAUUCCUGUUGUCACAAGAUUGUGGCGGGUUCAAUCUGGGCUCUUUCUUUAUCAAGCGCUCCCAAUGGUCGGAUCGGCUGCUGGACGCCUGGUGGGAUCCUGUUAUGUACGAACAGAGGCACAUGCAAUGGGAGCAUAAAGAGCAGGAUGCGCUGGAGUAUUUGUACACCACCCAACCGUGGAUCCGCAGCAAAUUCGCCUUUCUCCCGCAGCGGUUCAUCAACUCUUUUCCCCCAGGGGCAUGCGGAGACGGCGACGACCCGGAUGUGCACUACCUGGAGGGUGGCAGGGAUUUUGUUGUCAACAUGGCGGGAUGUGAUUUCGGCCGCGACUGCUGGGGCGAGAUGUCUCAAUAUCGGGAUUAUAGCAAUUGGCUCAACCGGUCGUGGCGAGAGCGCAUGGAAGAUUACAUGCAGGAUCUUUACACGCGGAUCACUGGAGGUUCAGAGCCGCAGCAGUAA